ACAGAGCAGAAGCUGUCUUACAAUCACCUCUCACACACGAGAGAAAACCAUCGCGACCACUAGUACCUAGCCAGCUCUAGCCAUGGCUUCCAACGGGAAUAUGUUGGCCAUGGUCAUGGCGUGCGCGCUCCUCCUCGCCGGCACCACCUGCCACGCCGCUCGCCACCUGGCCGACACGACCCCGGCAGCUGCCGCUCCGGCAGCCAGCGCCGUCCCCGCACUCCCGGCAGUGCCGACCCUGCCUGCCGUUCCCGGAGAUACGGUCACCCUGAUGCCGCCCAUGCCGUCGGUCACCCUGCCAACCGUGCCGCAAGUGACGCUGCCGCCCAUGCCGUCCAUUGUCGUGCCUAAGGCAGUGCUGCCGCCCAUGCCCAAGGUGACCAUGGCGCCGAUGCCCGCCAUCGUCGUCCCCAAGGUGACGCUGCCGACGAUUCCCACCAUUGUUGUGCCCAAGGUGACCAUGGCGCCUAUGCCCUCCAUCGUUGUGCCAAAGGUGACUCUGCCGCCGAUGCCUUUCGUCCCGAAUGUGAACAUGCCUACGCCGUUCGCGGCGCCUCCCCCAUCAGCGUAGGCGCGCUCACGAGGUGGUGCGUGGGCCGUAUCGACGACCGGGCGGCCUUGAUGCGAGAGUGGCUAGAUCGCUCCGUUACCAUGGGGCAUAUUUGCUUACAUGCAAGCUCUGUGUUUUACAUGUGAUGUAUCUGUUGUUCGCACCUUUUCUGCACUGUACUGGUAGUGUGCGUUGACUGUUGAGGAUCGUUCCAUUGCACUUGUUUUGUUUUUC